GGGCUACUACUACAAAUCUCUACCAUAACACUCGCUGUGUCUCUGACUGCCUAGCACUACUACGUGCCAUGGCCGCCACCACGGAGGGAAUGGCCAGCGGCGGCGUCUUCCUGCUCCUACUCCUCCUCGUCGCCGGUGUCGUCGCCGUCUUUUUUCAGCUGAGGCGACGGUGGGGGGAUGGGAGCAGCAGCGCGCCGAGCCCGCCGUCGCUCCCGCUGCUCGGUCACCUGCACCUGCUCAAGAAGCCGCUGCACCGCUCGCUGGCCGCGCUCGCCGGGGCGGCGCCGCUUCUGUCGCUGCGGCUGGGCGCGCGCCGGGCGCUGGUCGUGUCCACCUACGCGGCGGCCGAGGAGUGCUUCACGGCGCACGACGCCGCGCUGGCGGGCCGGCCGCGGAUGCUCGCCGCGGAGCACCUAGGGUACGGGCGCACCACCGUCGUGUGGGCCUCCCACGGGGGCCACUGGCGCGGCCUGCGCCGGUUCCUCGCCGUCGAGCUCUUCUCGACCUCCCGCCUCGCCGCGCUCGCCGGUGACCGCCGCGCCGAGGUCGCGUCCCUCGUCCAGAGCCUACUCCACGACGCCAGCGCUAGCGCCGGGGGUGGGAUUGUUACCCUCCGGCCCAGGCUCUUCGAGCUGGUGCUUAACGUGAUGCUGCGCGCGCUCACCGCGCGCCGGCUUGCCGGCGACGUGCGCAGGAUUCAGGAGAUCGUCGAGGAGACGUUUGCGGUGAGCGGCGCGCCCAGCAUCGGGGACUUCUUCCCGGCGCUGCGGUGGGUCGACCGUCUCCGCGGCGUCGAGGCGGCGCUUGUAAGCCUGCAGACAAGGCGUGACGCGUUCGUCGGUGCCCUCAUCGAUGGCCAUCGGCGAACGCACAAUGCCGAUGCCCGAGACGUGGAGAAGAAGGGCGUAAUCGACGUACUCAUGGAGCACCAAGCAGCUGAUCCUGGGUAUUACACUGACACCGUCGUCAAAGGCAUCGUCUUGGUACUGCUCACCGCCGGCACGGACACAUCGGCACUGACCACCGAGUGGGCGAUGGCGCUGCUUCUGAAGCACCCAGAGGUGAUGCGGAAGGCGAGGGCUGAGAUAGACGCCAACGUCGGCAUGGGCCGACUGGUUGAGGAGUCAGACAUCACCAACCUACCUUACCUGCAGUGCGUUAUCAAGGAGACUCUUCGGCUCUGCCCCGUCGGCCCAAUCAUCCCUGCGCACGAGGCCAUGGAGGACUUCACGGUGGGUGGCUUUCAUGUCCAGCGCGGCACGAUGAUCCUCGUGAACGCAUGGGCGAUCCACCGGGACGUCAAAAUCUGGGAUACGCCAGAGGAGUUCAGGCCGGAGCGGUUCUUGGACAGAGAUGCGGUCACCACGCCCAUGCUGCCGUUCGGGCUUGGCCGGAGGCGAUGCCCCGGGGAGGCGCUGGCGAUGCGCCUUGUCAGCUUGACUGUGGCAGCACUCGUGCAGUGCUUUGAGUGGGAUGUUGGUGAAGGCGACGCCAUCGACAUGGCCGAAGGUGGCGGGCUGACAAUGCCAAUGGCGACGCCGUUGGCGACUGUCUGCCGGCCCCGGGAGUUUGUCAAGAGCGUGCUCUCUGCUUCCACUUGAAGGAGACAGGUUUCUGAAGAAAUAGAAGAAGCUGGAUUAAAAUUGUUUAGCAAUGGUGCACUGUUGCCAGUGAUUUCUUUAGAACAUUACAACCAAUUUAUUUUUCAGUGAAUCAAUGACGCGCAAAAGGCUAAAACCAGUUCGAUAUGACAAGUAAUGCA